CUAGCCAUGGCACCCGCUGUUGGUAUCGAUCUUGGAACCACCUACUCUUGUGUCGGUGUGUUCAGAGAUGACAGAAUUGAAAUUAUUGCCAAUGACCAGGGCAACCGAACAACUCCCUCUUUUGUGAGUUUAUCUUGGAAAAUGAUACUGGUUUUCUCUUUAUCCUUGAGUGGCUGCUAAUACUUUUUCCCCGGCAUAGGUUGCCUUUACUGAUACCGAACGUUUGAUUGGUGACUCCGCAAAGAAUCAAGUCGCCAUGAACCCGUAAGUUGAUCAUUGCUCAUCUGUUGCCUAGAGAACUCUACUGACGUUUGCUUAGCCAUAACACCGUCUUUGACGCAAAGCGUUUGAUUGGACGCAAGUUCGUCGAACCAGAGGUGCAGGCAGAUAUGAAGCAUUUCCCCUUUAAGAUCAUCGAUAAGGGCGGAAAGCCGUUCAUCCAGGUUGAGUUCAAGGGCGAGACCAAGGUGUUUACUCCCGAGGAAAUAUCAUCUAUGGUCCUUACCAAGAUGAGGGAGACUGCCGAGUCAUACCUUGGUGGAACUGUCAACAAUGCGGUUAUUACUGUUCCCGCAUAUUUCAACGAUUCGCAACGUCAAGCCACUAAGGACUCUGGUCUGAUUGCUGGCCUUAACGUCCUCCGUAUCAUUAACGAGCCUACCGCGGCUGCCAUCGCUUACGGUCUCGACAAAAAGGGCCAGGGAGAGCGUAAUGUUCUUAUCUUCGAUCUGGGUGGUGGUACUUUCGAUGUGUCCCUCUUGACUAUUGAGGAGGGUAUUUUCGAGGUCAAGGCGACUGCUGGUGACACUCACUUGGGUGGUGAGGACUUUGACAACCGUCUCGUCAACCACUUCGUCCAAGAAUUCAAGCGCAAGCACAAGAAGGAUCUCACUUCCAAUGCCCGUGCCCUUCGCCGCCUUCGUACCGCUUGCGAACGUGCUAAGCGUACCCUCUCCUCCUCUGCUCAGACCUCGAUCGAAAUCGAUUCACUCUACGAGGGUAUUGAUUUCUAUACCUCGAUCACUCGUGCUCGUUUCGAAGAGUUGUGCCAGGAUCUCUUCCGCUCUACCAUGGAGCCUGUCGAGCGCGUCCUUCGUGACUCUAAGCUCGAUAAGAGCUCCGUCCAUGAGAUCGUCUUGGUUGGUGGUUCUACCCGUAUCCCCAAGGUCCAGAAGCUGGUGUCCGACUUUUUCAACGGGAAGGAACCCAACAAGUCCAUCAACCCCGAUGAAGCUGUCGCCUACGGCGCUGCUGUCCAGGCUGCCAUUCUUUCCGGCGAUACCUCUUCUAAGACCCAGGAGAUCUUGUUGCUUGACGUUGCCCCCCUUUCCCUCGGCAUCGAGACUGCUGGUGGUGUCAUGACUCCUUUGAUCAAGCGCAAUACCACCGUUCCGACCAAGAAGAGCGAGGUUUUCUCGACUUUCUCGGACAACCAACCUGGUGUGUUGAUCCAGGUAUUCGAGGGCGAGCGCGCUCGCACUAAGGACAAUAACUUGCUCGGGAAGUUCGAGCUUACCGGAAUCCCCCCCGCCCCCCGUGGUGUACCUCAAAUCGAGGUCACCUUCGAUAUUGAUGCUAAUGGUAUCCUGAACGUCUCUGCUGUUGAGAAGGGUACCGGGAAGACCAACCGGUAUGUGUCUUCAAGCUUCCACAACAUAUUCUUGCGUUAUACUGAUUGGGUUCUAGUAUUACUAUCACCAACGACAAGGGUCGUCUCAGCAAGGAGGAGAUCGAGCGUAUGCUUGCGGAGGCCGAGAAAUACAAGGAGGAGGAUGAUGCGGAGGCGGCAAGAAUCCAGGCCAAGAACGGGCUUGAAUCUUAUGCUUACUCUCUCCGUAACACCCUGGGCGACGAGAAGGUUGAGGAGAAGCUUGACGCUGGUGACAAGGAGAAGCUCAAGAAGGCCAUUGAUGAAACUGUGGAAUGGUUAGACAACAAUACCACCGCUACUAAGGUAAGUUCUAUUCAUUUCAGUUCAGGAUAAAGGAUACAUUCUAACAAUUAUUACAGGAUGAGUUCGAAUCUCAGCAGAAGGAGUUGGAAGGGGUUGCUAACCCCAUCAUGAUGAAAUUCUACCAGAGCCAAGGUGGUGCUCCUCCUGGGGGCAUGCCGGGCGCUGGAGGUUUCCCUGGUGCCGGUGGAGCUCCCCCAUCUGGUGGUGGUGAUGAUGGCCCUCAGGUUGAAGAGGUGGACUAAAUGGAAGCCGAAUAAACCGCAAAAAUACAUAGAAGUCUUGUAUGCGCAGUUUCCCUCUCCUGUUCUCUUUCUUCCAAUAAUGUCAUCCUGGGGUUUAAGAUAGGGGCAGAAAAGUAGCGUGCUUUAUUUUUCAUUACAUCAGGUUUUCCUUUUCCUUCAAGGUUUCCUUCCUACGGUUUCUUACACUUUUUCCCCUUACCCACUUGUAUUUACCAAAGGUUCAUGGGUCUACGAAAUUAAGUUUUCUCUUUUUU